UCGCUAACCCCAAUUCCGUUACACCAUCAGCAACUCGGGCUUAUCAUAAAAGGGCGAUCUCAGCCAAUGCCAUAAAGGGAAUGCAGAUCCUCAUGAAUCACCCAAAUCGUAUCGCAUAACCAUUCUUCCAGGCGCUGCAGCAACAAUGGCAGACCAUACAUUCUGGCAGUACAUCCGCCUCAAAGCAAUCGUUGCAUUCAUCCGUCUCAUAAACUACAUCUUCACACGUCCUCACUUCAAGCCCUCAACAACAUGCAACCGCAAACUCAUCCGCAUUGCCUCCCGCGACCUCAAUCGCUUCAUCAAUGCUUGGAUUUACUACCCAAACAAUUAUACCGAUGCUAAAAAGUAUGGUCUUGUGAUCAAUUGGCACGGCGGUGCUUAUACUCUCCCGAAUCUGGGCAUGGACCACCAAUUCUGCGAGAAAAUAGCCGCAGAGAACAAUCUGCUUGUUCUUGACGCCGAUUACCGAAAAGCACCCGAGCACCCUCUUCCUGGAGCUGUUGAAGACGCCGAAGAUACUCUUAGAUGGGUUGAGAGCCAGGCGCAAAUGUUUGAUCUUGACAGAGUUGCCUUGUCGGGUUUCAGCUCUGGAGGUAAUCUAGCGCUCGUUUCAUCAUCUGAACUAAGGCGUGAGUUCAAGAUGAACAUCAGGGCUAUAUACGCUUUCUACCCAGGCGUUGACUUAUCCAUUCCGCCCGAGGAGAAAACAAUUCCGAAACCCAUCCGACCUCUUCCCGUGUCUUUCCAGCAUCUUCUCGCUGACGCGUACGUACCGCGUAUUGAGGACCGCAAGUCGCCCAAAGUAUCGCCCAUGUACGCCGAGGGAACCUCCUUUCCAAAGUAUGUUAUGCUUGUUGCAUGUUCUGGAGAUAUCUUCACGCCCGAGAUCGAAGUUUUUGGAAAGAAGUUGGAGCGGGCUGGUCGUGAUGUCGAGAUCGUCAGGGUCGAAGGGGCUCAUGGAUGCGAUAAGACUACGAACCCAAAGACAUUCAGGCCUGAGGCGAGAGAUUUCGCGUAUGCUAGGGUAGUACAGAGCUUACAAAGUGUUAUGCAAUGAGAGGGAGUGCGGUGAAAGCCAGGACAGAUUAACUGCCAUCUAAAACAUAUAUGAACAUUCUUGCUGCAUUCGCUAUUUAAUAUGUAGUAGAGCAUUUUUCGUUGCUGCGAUGUUCUGAAUAUGAACGUCGGCGAGUUGGUACGCAGCAGUUCUGGUGAACAUGGAAUAUACUCACAGGAACAAGACACAUCAGGCCUGCCUAAGCGACCACAACAAUGAAAUGUUUAGGAACUGAGAUUGCACUUUUAUCCCAAUCUAGUCUAGUUGAAAGCUAUAUUAAACGUAAAUGUGCGUCAACCACUC